CUUAUAAUGGAGUUCACAGCUCACAAUUCUGAACAGCAGAGUCAAGGAGAGUACGACUCUAUCCCUACAAACUCUCUGAAUAGUAUUGACACUAAGAGACAGAAGAAAGCUAAGAAAUAUAUCAAGGUUGAAAAAGUGGGAGAUAAUGAGGAGUAUGACCAAUCUCUUCUAAAAAGGAGAAAAUAAAAAACUCCAAGGUAAAGGCAUAACUCUUGCUGUUCCUAAAAAGGCACUAACUGCGUAUGCCAUCUUUGUUAAACAAAAGAGACGCGAAUUGCAAGACGACCCUGAUUUCAACUCUAAAUCUCCAGAUAUGAUGAAAUAAACUCGGAAAAAUAUGGAGUAACCUCUCUAAGGCGGAAAGGAAAACAUAUGAGGAAUGAAGCAAAAAAGACAAAGAGAGAUAUGAUCGGGAAAUGAACUCAUUAAUUGUCAACGGUAGAACCCUCAAUCAGCUACAAGAGGUAGAGCAUAAAAGGCCCAAAAAGUGACUUUCAGCGUAUAUGAUAUUUGUUAAAAAUCGAAGGAGUAAAAUUUCUCAAGCAAAUCCUGAUAUGCCUGUACUUCAAAUCAUGAAAGAGGUUGGAAAAGAAUGGCAAAGCAUAAAGCCCGAGGACAAAAAGCAAUACCAAGCCCUUGCAGACCAAGAUAAGAUUAGAUAUAAAUAAAGAGCUAAAGGAAUUUGAGAAAGAAGUUGAAAAACUCCAAGUGGGAAAGCCGACCAAGAGUAAACGAAAUGGUCAUAACAAAAAGAAACCAGAAUCAACAAAUGAAGAGACCCCUGAAAAAGAAGAUAAGCAGGAACUGAAGAGAAAAUGCCUAGAAGGCGAGGUGACAGAAUUAAAGAAAAUUCCUAAUGACUCCUCUAAUAAUAAAGAAGAGGAGAAAAAUAGAACUACUUUGCCAGAUGACUCACCUCCACAGUAUAAAAAUCCUAUAGAAUUGAAGCCUAGGAGAGUUGCUCGUCCAACUCCAAUGCUUUCCCCAAUAAUCCCUAAGAAAGAAACAGAUGUUAAGAAUUCAAAGUCUGCUUCUAGUAUAGCCCAGCCUAGAGAGGAGCCGGUUCAAAAGCCUGUGAAAGUAUUAAAGAUCAACCACAAGGAAAUUCUAGCUCCAAGGGCGACUUUCCCUACUAUGAAAAAGGCAAGUAUGGGAUAUAGAAUGAUCAAGGAGCCGAACCCUGUCCAGCCAACGAUGACCAGUCCAUCAGACUGAACGACAAGUGCAGGGCUCCGAUCCCAGCUAAAUACCAGAACAGAGAAUACAAACAAAUAUGACUCAUCGAUGUACAACUCUGGACAAAAUGCGGAUGACCAGCAAGCGCCCUAUAGUAGAAUAUUCCCUAGCGGAAUGGAACCUCCUAUCCUCGACCAGCGGCACAAACGAGACCGAAGAUUGUCUUCAAUAGUAGGUAUCAAAAGUAUCGGCUACGGCUGUGACAACGAAGUUGAAGAACUUUUAGAAAACCGCAGCAUAAACAGCUACCAACAAGACAAUACCAGAAAGCCCUCUAUUGACUUCUUUAAACUCCAAACUGACAAGAAAGACUAAAUUCAUACUUUUUCUAACAAAUAAAUGCAC